AUGGCCGCCCCCGCCCCCUCAGCCGACUCCAAAAUCCAGGAACUCCUCGCCAAGCCCCGCGCAGAACUCACAGAGUACGAAAUCAACCUCCUCGAACAACACGAAUUCACCUCCGGCCCACUCUCUUUACUCCAAACCGCCGUGCGCCAACACACCCAAGUCCUAAUCUCCUGCCGUAACAACCGCAAACUGCUCGCGCGCGUCAAAGCCUUCGACCGACACUGCAACAUGGUGCUCGAGAACGUCAAGGAAAUGUGGACAGAGAUUCCACGCCUGGCAGAUGGAAAGAAGGGACGGGCGGUGAAUAAGGAUAGGUUUAUCUCUAAGAUGUUUCUGAGGGGCGAUUCGGUGAUUUUGGUGUUGUUGAGUUGA